GUACUCAUUGCCGGCUGUGUGAGACUCAUCCGAAAGGCUUGCAGUUGUAUGUCAUUCACGAAGUUCUUCUUGGCAGGUGUGUGGCUGUAUCAUCGUACUACACAGGUCCGCAUGACCGCGGGUUGGAAUUCCUUACCGUUUCGUUUUCUACUAGGCCAGGUACAGGCGAACUCUAAAUUGUUACCCGAUGGUAAAUGUCUCUCUCAAGCCAAGAUGCUCACCUUUAAGCCACUUUCACGACUGACCAUCAAGCGCAGGAAUGCGGAAUUGACAGACGAGCAACUCUUAGAAUAUUUUAACCAUACCGGACCUGGUCGACCAUGCCAGAGUGUUUUCCCGAAAUGCAAUCGAUUUCUGCCCCAACACGCGAAACCCAGUCACAGAAAUAUGCGCUUUGUCAGCUCAAACUUUCGAAGGUGUGUUAUGUCCUUCCCUCCGGUCACUGGCUUUGUCCAAUGCGCAUCGUAAAAUGGUCAACGAGACUGGAUGGAUGGCGUUUUGGGAAUACAGUUGCCCAGGUACUGCAUCGUGCUAGAGUUUUCGAGAUUACCAUGGCUUGCGAACUCUGAUAUAUCACGACACCAAAGUGCUUGAUUCUUGAACAAGAUCAAGGCAUGGGUAGCAGUGGGGACAGGCCUUUGGAAGAUGCAUAACAGGUAAUGUUGCGCCCGACGUAGACGUUGUCGUAUCAAUGAAUCGGCGAAUAGUUUGUUCGUCUGACUGCCUCCAAACAAUAUGAAUCUCCAUCGCAAUGUCUUUUGUGGACGGAAAAGCGUCGAUCGGUAAGUAGUAAGUUGGUC